AUGUGCUACACCCCAACAAAUGAUGCUGAUGAAUUAGCAAAAGUUGAAUUUUAUGAUACUCUGCAGAGCGUAAUUGAAAAACGGACUGAGAAAGAAUUGAUAAUGGUUAUGGGUAAUUUCAACGCAAAAGUCAGAAACAUUAAUUUAGGAUAUGAAGCCAUUAUGGGAAAACAUGGUUUAGGAAGCAUGAAUGCAAAUGGCCAGUUAUUUGCCAAUUUUUGCGCAAAUAACAAGUUGGUAAUUGGAGGAACUUUAUUUCCACACAAAGACUUUCACAAAGCUACAUGGAUAUCGCCAGAUCUGAAAACGCAAAAUCAGAUCGAUCACAUCUGUUUGUUGGCAGAGCAUUUGGGAAUACAUCAAGUGGAGACACUUAGUGUCUACCCCAUUCCUUAG